CUUAAAUAGGACUUGGCAGGUGGACAAGAAAUUGCAGCUCUCGCUUUCCCUGUGGGGCGCUUUCCAGACCAUUAGAACCGGGCGCGACUGGAGCAUUUAUUUCAGCGUUUGGAUAUAUCCAACAACAGGACGAUGUCAGGCUUGAACCGCUCUUUCAACCUGCUGAGGGGUGUGAUGAAACAUCAAAUCAUACCUAAAGCUAAUAUUUCAGCCAAACCAGCCAAACAUGUGCUGUCCGCUGCGGAGCAAACCUUUGUAAUGGUGACCAUGUUCGCGACCGUCCUCGGCCCCUCUGGAUGGGUCCUGGCAAAUUUGGAGAAGUACAAGAAACGUCCUGGUGGUGGAGCUGCAUAAGAACCAUCCGUCUCCGAGCAUUCCUCCUUACGAAGACUAUUUAACCUUGUUAAAAAUGUUUUAAUAAAUGAAUGUACUUGAAUGCCUCAACUGGUGGCUCUGGUCUGUAUCAAAUAAAAUACUUUCUAUUUUAA